CUAAUUCGAGCUCCUACAGUAGCCGUCAUAGCAACGACAGCAAGAUAACGUACCUUACCCAACAUUCAUCGGACUUGGAGGUCACGUUAUCAUCUCAACCUGAUACGAGCAUGGCGUCAACAUCUCCAGACCCUACGGCAAAUGGGACUUCAUCUCCAAAGCAAGUCUUCUUUUUCGACAUAGACAAUUGUCUAUACCCAAAAAGCGCAAAAGUCCAUGACCGCAUGGCCGAUCUGAUAGACAAGUACUUCCAGAAGCAUCUCAAUCUACCACUAGAGGAAGCCACACGCCUUCACAAUGAGUACUACCAGACGUACGGCCUUGCCAUCGAGGGUCUUGUCCGUCACCACGAUAUCGACCCGCUUGAGUACAACUCUAAUGUUGACGACGCUCUACCGUUAGAGGGCAUCAUCAAGCCGAGGCCUGAGCUGAAGAAGCUGCUCGACGAUAUUGACAGGAGCAAGGUCAGACUCUGGCUAUUCACCAACGCUUACGUCAAUCACGCCAAGAGAGUCGUGCGUCUGCUAGGAAUUGAGGACAAUUUUGAUGGUGUCACAUAUUGUGACUACUCGUCCGUGCCGUUUGUAUGUAAGCCGCACAAGGAUGCGUAUGUGAAGGCUAUGAGCGAGGCGGGCGUGGAAAAUUGGGGCGACUGCUACUUUGUGGAUGACAACUACAACAACUGCGUCAAGGCUCAGGAGCUGGGAUGGACCGCAGCUCACUUGGUGGAAGAUGAUGCGCCUGUACCGAAGAAGCAAGCCUCUCAGUACCAGAUCAGGCAUCUGGAAGAUCUUAGAAGUGUCUUUCCACAGUUCUUCAAAGUCAGGUUAGAGGAUAAGUAGACUAGAGUAAAUAUUCGGAAAGAUAGAAACACCUGGCGACAGGAUUUCGUAAUAGAAGAUUGCCUAUUCAAAGUCUGAAUCAG